AUGUAUUAUCAAUUCAGCAGUUUUAUGCAGAAGCUGACUGGUCCCUUACUUGCUAAUGCAUACUGUACUCAGGGUCUAAAACCAGCUGCUGUGUCUGAGGCAUCACCUAUCAUUUUUAUAACACCCAUUAAACCAGUUUCAGAGUCUUCUCAGUACAUGGGAAUAAACAGAGUGCUUGAUUUACAGAGACUUUUCCAGAGACCUGAUGGUGUGCCAAUAAAACGAGGAGUUCCUGACAAGCUUCUCUACCGGACCACUAUCACUCUGACAGUUAGUGUAGCAGUCUAUUGCUUUAUAGCACUUUACAUGGCAGCCCAACCCAAGCAUAAGAAAUGA